AAAGUCACGGUCGAUGACUUCGAGAUCCUGCACAUGAUUGGGGAGGGUGGGUUCGGCAAGGUCUAUCAAGUGCGGAAGCAUGACAGCGGGAAGAUCUACGCGAUGAAGUGCAUGAGGAAGGAGGUUGUUCUUAAGGACAACCUGCGAGGCACCAAAGCCGAGAGAAGUGUCAUGAGCAGACUCCGUCAUCCCUACAUCGUCACCAUGCACUAUGCUUUCCAGUGCAAGGGAAGGCUCUACCUGAUCAUGGACUACUUUCCCGGCGGUCAAUUCCUUGAUCUCCUGCAUAAGAAUGCCCCUUUCUCUGCCGAAGCUGCGCAGAUCUACACGGCUGAGGUGACACUGGCGCUUGAGGAGCUGCAUGCUAACGGCAUCGUUCACCGCGAUCUCAAGCCGGAGAACAUCCUCGUCGACGCCGCUGGUCACCUCGUCGUCACGGACUUCGGUUGCUCUAAGGUGCACGAGGACGGAGACUGCAGCAGCCCCAUCCGCUCGCAGUCGUGGGCAGGCACGGAGUUGUACAUGGCGCCCGAGCAGCUGAAGAAGGACGAGUACGGGCAGGAGGUUGACUGGUGGGCGCUGGGGGUCCUGGCGUGGGAGAUGGUGACGGGGGAUCAUCCGUUCUACCACGACAACCGCAAGGUGAUCUACAACAACAUCCUCCGCAAGAAGCUCGUGCUGCCUGCCUGGCACAAGAAGGAGGUACAGGCGUUUCUCAAGGGCCUCCUCUCCCGCGACCCGAGCAAGCGUCUCGGGGCGAGCUCGGGGGCCAAGGAGGUGAAGGAGCAUCCCUUCUUCAAGGGGGUGAAGUUCGACGCCAUCCUCCGCAAGGAGGUCGCGGCGCCUCUUCGAUCUCACGCGCUGUCGGGGGACGAGCUUGACGUUUCCGCUCACUCCAAGCGAUACACAUCAGCCAAGGCA